AUGGCUACCGGUAACCCGCCCGUGUCCCCAUUCGAAAUGUCCUUCCUCAAAGAAACCCUCUGUGCCCAACAGCAGCUCCUCCAGAAGCUCUACUCUGAACUCGAUGCCGAGCGCGAAGCCUCGGCCACCGCCGCCAGCGAGGCACUCAACGUGAUUCUACGGCUACAAGGCGAAAAAGCCGCCGUCAAAAUGGAAGCCGAGCAGUACAAACGUCUGGCCGAGGAGAAAAUGUGCCACGCCGAGGAGUCCUUCGCCAUAGUCGAGGACAUCAUCUAUCAGAAGGAGUUAGAGUUAGCCGCGCUCGAUUAUCAGGUACAAUCCUACCGGUACAAGCUCAUCAGCCUCGGCUGCCCGGACCCUGCCUCGUCACCAGUCGACCUCAAAUUCCCCGAGAAUCUCUUGCAGAGGAGCGACAGCCUGUCGGGGAAGAAGAAUUGCCCGAGCCUCGGGAGGCGAAACUCUGCCCCAAUAUUGCCCAAGUUGAAAAAGCCUGCGAGUCCGGAGCCCGAUAUUCCGGCCGUCACCUCGUAUGGAGAGGAGAUUCGGAUGCUGGAUAUCCGUGUGAGGGAGAUCACGGGCCCAAAUUAUCAGGGCCCGAGCCCGAAGAGCGAAAUGCCGAGAAAACAGGAGGCGGGUUCCUACCCGAGCUCCCCGAAUGUGCACGAUGUUUUUGAGGUGCCGCAGGUGGAAAAACCGUACGAGGUGUCGAGCGUGAAGGUGACGGGGAAAAACGAGCCCGAUUGGCUGAAGAAGCUGUUCCUCCAGUCGAGUGGUGAUGAGAAGGGCUUGUGCAAGCCGAGCCAUAUUGCGGCUAUUGACCGGGCCAUUGUUGGGCCUGUGGCUAGUACAAGUGAGUCCCGGUCCGGGUUGAGUAUGGUGAGAGAGGUGGAGAGGGCGGAAGGUCCGGAUUCGAGAGAGGAGGAAUUGAAACUGUUGAAAGAGAUCAAAGAGGAGAUAAAUUUGUUGAGGGAUGAGAUUAGGAGUCUGAAAGAGAAGAAUGUUUCGGAUGAGUCGUCGAGUUAUAAUCUACCCGAGGCAAUGCUUCAUUUCUGGCUUUGA